GGGGAAUAUGUGUAAGAUUAUUACAAAACUAACCUCAAGAGACAAAAUGUCAAAAUAGACUGACAGAGAAAUCAAACUCCAACACUCCAUUCUCAUCGCUGACAAAUAAAAACCUUUGAUAAUUCAAUGUUGAUGUAGUCAUGUGACACAUAGAAGAUGCAAUCAUGUAUAUAAGUACUAAAAAAGUUUUGAUCUCAACAAAAAUCUCGCCAGAUUCAUCCAACUGUUCAUAAACUAAAAUCAUAAAGAAUUAAGCAUUACGCCGACCCAGGAACUUGCCUGGAUUCUUCAUCGUAUUAGUAUAUUGUAAAAUUCUCAGUUGUGGCAAGCCUGCUUGUUUUUGCCUUAAAUCCACCCAUAAAAAAGGUAGCUAUUAAAAAUUUUAAAAUUAAUUAGAUACAGCCUAGCUGAUUCGUGUUUGGCAACAUUUUAUUCUUUCAGCUUCUCUCAGCUUCAGUCUUGAAGAAUUCAAACAUUGCUUUCUAAUUAUUUUUCUGCAAAAUAACCAGUCAUCUUCCUGUAUUUGGACACUUCCUCGAGUCUGAUCUGAAGCAGAGGAACUUGAGUUUUAUAUCCAAAUCCUACCAAUAUUGAUUUGAUUCCUUCUUGGUCAAUACUGAUGGUGGCGUUCCACAAUCAAGGGUCCCCACUACUAUUCUGAACGAAUCUCAAAACCAAAGGUACUAUAGAAUGCUAAACACCUUUUUCCUGACAAGACUUGGUUUUUCCUCAUUAUUUCUUGAAUGUCUGUAGAUGGUUCUGUCUUUUUUGGCUUAGUAUUGUUAGCCUUGAGCAACCCUCUUGUUUGAUUCUGAACACAAGCCAAUUUGGUCUAUCCUCUCUCAUUUGUGGCCAUACCGAAAAUUCCAGUUCAAAAUUGAAUCUUUUUGUGCUGUCAGAAUUGAGUGAUUAGGAAGGAAGAAAGGGAUGGGUGCUUGUUUUAGCAGUGAUAAAGCUCUUGUUACCAAGGCCAAUGGCCAUAGAUCAGGAAAUGAGGUAGAUGGGACUAAGCAAAACGCAGUUCAUCACGAUGCCCAAGCGCAUUUAAGGCCACCUCCAAGUCCUAGACUUGUCCCAAGGCCAGACACAAUCUUGGGGAAGGCUUUUGAAGAUAUCAAAUUGCACUAUACAUUAGGGAAAGAAUUGGGCAGGGGACAAUUUGGGGUGACUCAUCUCUGCACUGAAAUUGCAACUGGAAGACAAUAUGCUUGCAAAUCCAUAUCAAAAAAGAAACUUGUUAGCAAAAGUGAUAAGGAGGAUAUGAAAAGAGAGAUUUCCAUUAUGCAACACUUGAGUGGACAGCCUAAUAUUGUCGAAUUUAAGGGAGCUUAUGAGGAUAAGCAUUCGGUUCAUCUUGUGAUGGAGUUGUGUGCUGGUGGAGAGCUUUUUGAUCGGAUUAUAGCGCAGGGACACUAUAGUGAAAAAGCUGCAGCUUCAAUCUGCAGGGCUAUCGUGAAUGUUGUACAUGUAUGCCAUUUUAUGGGCGUAAUGCACCGCGAUCUCAAGCCCGAAAAUUUCUUGCUUUCAGACAAGAGUGAAAGUGCUUCCCUUAAGGCAACUGAUUUCGGGCUCUCAGUAUUCAUCGAAGAGGGAAAGGUGUACAAGGAUGUGGUUGGAAGUGCAUAUUAUGUUGCACCUGAAGUGUUAAAGCGUAGAUACGGAAAGGAAGCUGACAUUUGGAGUGCUGGAGUGAUGCUGUAUAUUUUGCUCAGUGGUGUGCCACCUUUUUGGGCUGAAAAUGAGAGGGGGAUAUUUGAUGCGGUCUUAAGAGGAUAUGUUGACUUUGAUACUCAGCCUUGGCCAUCUAUAUCUAGUAGCGCUAAGGACCUUGUACGGAAGAUGCUAACAAUGGAUCCCAAAAAACGAAUUACUGCUGCACAAGUACUUGAGCACCCCUGGAUGAGAGAAGGGGAGGCAUCAGAUAAACCAAUAGACAGUGCAGUCCUCUCCAGGAUGAAGCAAUUCCGAGCAAUGAAUAAACUCAAGAAGCUUGCGCUAAAGGUCAUUGCAGAAAGUAUGUCAGCAGAAGAAAUACAAGGAUUGAAAUCAAUGUUUCAGAACAUGGACACUGAUAACAGCGGAACAAUCACAUAUGAGGAGCUAAAGACUGGACUUGCCCGACUGGGAUCAAAACUCACGGAGGCUGAAGUCAAGCAGUUGAUGGAAGCUGUAAGACUGUUUUGGUAUUAAACGUUUGCAGUAUAUAUUAUAAGCUCUGGAAUUAAUGGUUAAACAAUUCUGCAGGCUGAUGUCGAUGGCAAUGGGACGAUAGACUACGUUGAGUUCAUCACCGCCACAAUGCAUAAACACAAAUUAGAAAGAGAAGAAAACAUUUACACAGCAUUUCAGUAUUUUGAUAAAGAUGGGAGUGGGUGAGUUCCGAAUAAGGAUGUUGUUAGUCAAGUAUCGGGCACUUUACAUAUGGCCUUGUGGUAUGUCAUGUAAUCUAAACUUUUGAUUUUUAUGCUCCUAUAGGUAUAUUACGACAGACGAACUAAAAUCAGCUAUGGAAGAAUAUGGAAUGGGUGACCAAGCCACCAUAAACGAGAUAAUAUCUGAAGUAGACACGGACAAUGUGAGUACUUUCCUUGGUCUUUCACAUCUUUCCGUCACAUCAUUUCUCUUAGAAUUUCAUCUUUGUGCUUUUCCUGUACCAGGAUGGAAGAAUCAACUAUGAAGAGUUCUGUACAAUGAUGAGGAGCGGAACAACACAUACUACCAAGCUCUUCUAAUUGAAGAUAGUUGCAGGCCAUGUGGCAAUCAAGCAUAGAGAAAUUUUGUAGAGGAGAAUAUGCAUGACUUCGGAAUUCAAAUGCCACAGCAAUUCCAGUUCAGACGUUCACAGCCUAAACAACUGGACAUCCAACUCUUUGUUUCUUUCUCUGUUCAUUGUAUAGUGUAAGGUAUCUUCCGCUCUUGUUUCAAGUACAAAGAUUUUCCUUAUUAUUCUACACGAAGAAAUAAUAGCACACUGACCCCCGCUAAGUUGGUCAAAUAUACAAGUUCAUUGCUUCAAACCUCCAAUAUUUGGAAGCUUGAAACAGAUUCUGUUUGAGAUUGUAAGGCCACACAUUGGAUCCUAACCUCCAAAAGGAUAAAAGCAUGCCCAAUUGAGACUUGAUUUUAGCUUCAGAACUUGAUUUUAACAAGAGAUUGUGAACCCUUGAUCCAUCUGAGAUGUAGCUGGGGAAAAUUAUAGCAUAUAUUCGAUCCUUGACAUCAUAAUCGACCUCAAAAUUAUAUACCCUUUAUUUGAUCAGGAUCCUGACAUUAUAAUCCUCAAAAUCCGACAUAUGAUCGAAUUCCAUAGUCAGCAAGCAGUGGUACUUCUAACACAUAAAAAGAUUCUGAUAUCUUCUCAGAAUUCCAGAAACACUAUGGAACCUUAACAAGGCGAGCAAUUUCCCGAUUUGAUGACAGAAGCUAAAUGUCAUAAACUAAACCAACUCUUGUGAAAACUUCCAGAAAGACUAUGGAACAACCAUAACAAGGUGAGCAAUUAUUCAAUUCGAUUACGCAAGAUAGAACAAAAAUAAAGACAAUGCUGAAAUUUGCAAUGACAAAAGAAACAGGAAGAAGUUUCUUAUAAUAUCAGUAAGUAUAUUAUUGGAUAAAAAUGAUGAUAAACUAAGGUCACAAUCCAGACUUGACCCCAUUACAUUAACUGGUGGUGGGAAUAACUCCCAAAUAUCAUACCCACGACAGCGAAGUUUCAACAAAUAUCCCUCACAAAACAAGCAAUACUAGAAAAAAAAGACACCCAACACAAAUUUCUUCCAAGUUUCAAGACCAUAAGAAGAGACCCUCAAAAACCAUGAAUCUUGAUGAGAUCUUUCUUCACAAGGCCGUCGUUGAUGAGGAACUGGGAAGCAUUCUUGCGCUGAUCCCCUUGGAGCUGGAUAACUUUGCCAAGUUCUUUGUCCACAACCACAUUCCCGUUGCAACAGAACUCUUUCUUGAGAGCCUUGAGGAUCUUCUCAAAGCUAAGCUUCUUAUCCAGUCCUUGAAUUGUGGUCACACACUUCUUACCAUUCCUCUGCUGGACACGAAUAUGAACAUACUCCUUAGCCCCAGGAGCUACUGUUUCGUCGUCAAUUCCAGCGAAUGGAUCAAAAGCAGAUGGGAUCUGGACGUCGAUGUCAACCAUGUAUCUGUUCUUGGAAAACUUUGGAACCUUUGCGAACUCGCGCGCGCUGUAUAAAUUAAAGGAAAACAAACAAUCGAUCAGAAACCUCCGAAAAAGCCAAUUUCCUAUGCAACAAAGAUAUAAUUAAAAAAACCUCUGAAAAAGCUACCAAUUUCCUAAGCAACAAAGAAUUAAUUAAUUACAGAACAUGCCGACACAAGAAGGAAAACUCUCAAAACGCAGAAUUUCAGCUCAGAAGAACAAUUUUGGACAAAAUUCAAACACAUCAACAAAGAUCGUCCAACACGAUAUCAAUCAGAACAUCAUCCCUAUAACAAUCAACCCCCCAAGAUUGAAUAGAUUCAACAGAAACAAAUCAUACGUCGAAACGGAUCAUCAAAAGAUUGGAAGAUAAAAUUGCGGAACCCAACAACCCAUCAGACAUGAAUACAAACGAAUAACAACAGCUACUAACAAAACCAAAAAAAAAAAAAUAAUUGAAGGAAAAGAAUCAAGGAGGAGAGAGAAGAAAACUGACCUUAAAGGAGAGACUCAAGCAGGAAAAAAGGGAGAAUAAUCAGAGAGGACUCUUGGCGUAAACUUGUUUUGAUAUGAGAGGAAAAGGAAGAGGCUUUCAGGCUUAUUUAUAGGAAAAAGAAGAG